GUGCCUGGAGUCGGUGGGGGGAGACACCACAAUAGCGGGGCGACGUUCUCCAGAAGAGCCGCCAGUCUCGUUCGGUGUGUGUUUAUCGACGGUUGCAAUAGCGCGGGUGGAUUUGUGGCGUUGAACGAGCGACCCGUACCACAGCCGUUCUGCAGUGCGUGGAAAGGAAAAGCGUGCGUUUUUUUUUUUCCUGUUCGUGCGUAAAGGAACACAGAAACGGGGGCAAAUGCGGUGACCGAGGAUGCCACGCGAGUGAACGUGCAAGAAGAGACGCCGUGCGUGUGCGGGUGUCCUCGAGAGUUCGACUGCAGAUCUCCACAGACCGGUCGACGAAAAUGCGGGCGCGAUACGUCGUGGCAGUACUGACUAGCUUAUUAGUGGUCACGGACGAGGCGCCGCAAGACAUUAGGCACAAAAACUACGACGAGCAUCCUCGGGAAGCAUACUUCAACGGCUCGUCUUUUCUCAAGCUCGGCUCCUUCGUCUCGGUGCAUAGGCAUAGCGGCCUGAGCUUUCGAACCUGCGAUGGCGGCCGACUUUUCAUGCAGAAAUACAAGGACGAUUCCGUCAGUCUCGAAGUCACUCCGGACGGGCUCCUCUUUGUGGCCGUCGUCGAUCAACAACGUUACAAAGCGAGGCUGAACGCCAGGUUGCUGAAUAAUGCCUGGCAUAACGUGAAUCUAUUUUUUAGACUUGGAAAUCUCACUUUAAACGCAGCUGGUCACACACAGGUAAUUGCUAAUGCGACUUAUAAUGCUGCGAUUCUCACGCUGCCCGACUACGACAUGAAUGAUUCUCUCAUUGUGGGAGAAGGAUUCAGGGGAUGCAUCCUGCAAGGACCUGGUAUACUUUUUAAUGGUUCUAUCAAUAACGGAGCUGUCUUUGGACCCUGUCCCACGGAUAGCAAAGGAUGUGGUACGAGCGGACUCGGAGGUGGUAUAGGAUCAAGCCCAAUUACCACCAUGGAUUUCUGCCACCACGAGCCAUGCAUGAUGCAUGGCAAAUGCGUGUCAAGGCAGGAUCGUUAUGAGUGCCACUGUUACGCCCGAUAUUCCGGCAACAACUGUCAAAUUGACAAUGGUCCACCGUGCCUGAACGGGCCGUGUCGAAACGGCGGCACGUGCAACGAGGACCAAAAAGGAGAUUUCAGUUGCACUUGCAAGCCUGGAUUUACCGGAACUUUCUGCGAAUCGCAGCUAGGCGUGCGACUUUGCGAACAAAGUCCGUGCAGAAACGACGGUGUCUGCCUGGCGCUCACCGACACCGAAUACAAGUGCGAGUGCUUACCCGGAUGGACAGGAAAGAAUUGCGAGACCAAUUUCAACGAGUGCUCCUCGAAUCCUUGCAGGCAUGGCGGAAUGUGCAUCGACGGUAUCAAUAAUUAUACCUGCUUAUGCGAUAGAACCGGAUACGAAGGUAUAAAUUGCGACAUCGAUAUCGACGAGUGCUUAGCGAAUCCCUGUCUCAAUAAUGGAGUGUGCUUCGAUAAUUACGGCGGCUACAUUUGCCAUUGCCCGAACGGUUUCGAGGGUCAAAACUGCGAGCUGAACUUGAACGAGUGCCUGUCAAACCCAUGCAUGCACGGCGGGGAUUGCGUGGACGACGUCGGUUCCUAUCAUUGCACCUGUCCGCCCGGAUACGCCGGACGACACUGCGACCUCAGAAGCUUAUGCGAAAACGCAGCUUGUCCGCCGAACAGUAUAUGCGUGGAGGACGCCCACGGGCCGCAGUGCGUCUGCAACCCGGGAUUCAUGGGCAAUCCCCCGAAUUGCACUAUCAAUUACUGCGCCAGCAAUCCGUGCGUUAAUGGAGGGACUUGCACGAGCAACAAGGACGGAUAUAAUUGUACUUGCCCGCCAGAAUGGAAAGGGGCUACCUGUCAAUCGUCCGCCUCGGAUUGGUGUCCCGCCUGUUACAACGGUGGCAGUUGUAUCGAAACGCGUUUCGGUAUCAUGUGUCAGUGCCCGAGAUUUUGGACGGGACCCCAAUGCAAGGAUCCGAUCACCUGUCGCGAUCUGCCCUGUAAGCAAGCUUCCGCUUGCCACGACUACCCCGGCGGCUAUUAUUGCACCUGCGAGCCAGGAUGGACGGGCCCCGAGUGCUCCAUCGACGUGGACGAGUGCUCCAGCGAUCCCUGUCGUAACGGCGGCAUCUGCAUCGAUCAACUAAAUACCUACUACUGUCAAUGUUUCCCGGGAUACACUGGGAAGAACUGCCAGAUCAACGUGGACGAGUGUUUGUCGCAGCCUUGUCAGAACGGCGGCACGUGCAUCGAUCGAAUCAAUGGGUACACUUGCAACUGCACCAAGGAUUUCAUGGACGAGAAUUGCGAGCGCGAGUAUAACGCGUGCGCGAUAAAUCCUUGCCAGAACAACGGAAACUGCACGCUGAUAUCGAGGUCUCGACGCGAGUUCGUUUGCGAGUGUCCGCGAGGUUUCGAAGGCAAGACUUGCGACAUCAACGUGGACGACUGCGUGGACGUGAUAUGCCCGGACGGGAAGGUCUGCGUCGACGGAAUCGCCGGUUACGAGUGCAAGUGCCGCGAGGGUUACAGAGACCCUAAUUGCACCCUUAUCGUUGACCAUUGCGCGACGAAACCUUGCAACAACGGCAAUUGUAUCGAUCGCGGAGAACUCGGUUUUGACUGCAACUGCACCGACGGCUACGAAGGCAAAUUUUGCGACAAGGACGUGGACGAGUGCGAGGAAAAAGGCAGCUCGCUGUGCAACAACGGAAUCUGCGUGAACAAGGACGGCAGUUACAAUUGUUAUUGCCGGCCCGGUUUCUCCGGGGACCAUUGCGAUAUCAACAUCGACGAGUGCUUGUGCGGACCGUGCAAGAACAACGCCACGUGCAUCGACGGAAUUAACACCUUCGAGUGCCAGUGUCCGCCCGGUUACUCGGGCAAAACCUGCGACGUGGACGUGAACGAAUGCGAGAGCAACCCGUGUUUGAACGGGGCGACCUGCGUCGACGAGAUCGCCAGCUACGCGUGCAUCUGUUCCCUGGGAUUCCGGGGGCUGAACUGCGAGAUAAACAUCGACGAUUGCGAGCCCCAGCCGUGCUUGAAUCACGGCCGUUGCAUCGACGGUAUAAACAACUACACCUGCGACUGCAGCGACACCGGUUUCGAGGGGGCGCGUUGCGAGAAAAACAUCGACGAUUGCCGGUCGGAGCCGUGCAAGAACGGCGCGCUCUGCAUAGACGAUAUAAAAAAUUACAAGUGCCAAUGUUACGCCGGUUACACCGGCAAAAAUUGCGAGACCGACAUAAACGAAUGCGAGAGCUCGCCGUGCCAAUACAACGGCACUUGUUUGGAGAGAUCAAACAGAGAAUUAUAUAAGAGCGACGCGUUGACGUUGCCGUCGAUAUUCAAUCAAGAGUUCAGCUACGCGAACGCGAGCGGGUACGAGUGUUUGUGCGUGCAAGGCGUCACGGGGAAGAAUUGCGAGUUAAAUAUUAACGAGUGCGAUAGCAAUCCAUGCCAGGCGGGUACCUGUGUGGAUCGUAUCGGGGGCUACACCUGCGAAUGCGACGAGGGUUACGAGGGCGAUCAUUGUCAGCACGACAUCGACGAAUGCAAAAGAUACACGCCGUGCGAGCACGGUGUGUGCACCGACGGGAGAGCCGAUUACACGUGCACUUGCGAGCCGGAGUAUGGCGGGAAGAAUUGUUCGGUGGAGCUGAUUGGUUGUCAAGGAAAUGCCUGUCAAAAUGGCGGCACUUGUUGGCCGUACCUCGUCGACGAGACUAUACACAAGUUCAACUGUACGUGUCCGAAUGGAUAUCACGGGGAGAUCUGUGAUUACGUAACGACAAUGUCCCUGAGCGGGAGUUCGUACGUCCUGGUAAACACUACUCGCGACGAAGGAUACGACAUACAGUUCCGGUUUCGAACAACCCUGCCGAACGGAUUGCUAGCGAUCGGGAAGGGAUCGACGUUUUAUAUUCUCGAACUGGUGAACGGGAAAUUAAACCUACACUCGAGCCUCCUGAACAAAUGGGAAGGAGUAUUCAUUGGUAGCGGUUUGAACGAUUCCACCUGGCAGAAAGUAUUCGUGGCGAUCAAUGCCACGCACUUGGUGCUCUCGGCCAACGAAGAACAGACGAUUUACCCUAUAAGCUUGAACGAGGGUUCCAAUUCCAAUCACACGUCUUUCCCAAUGACCUACGUCGGUGGUACCACUAGCUACCUACGACGAUUGACCCACGGCCCUUCCUUCUUCGUGGGUUGCACCGAGGAUGUCGUUAUUAACGGAGAAUGGGUAUACUCUGGCACCUCGUUAAAGACCGUGUCCAUGGAGGACGUUGAACCAGGCUGCCCCCGAGAGGCUCAGUGCUCGCCAAAUCCUUGUAAAAAUGGCGGCCACUGCACGGACAGAUGGCGCGAUUUUUCCUGCAAAUGCGAACGACCGUACCUUGGCCACACUUGCCAAUACAACAUGACAGCGGCCACGUUCGGAUACGAAAAUAUUACGAACGGAUACGUGACCGUGAAGGUGUCCGACGUAGCGAGAAGAUCGGUCAGAUCGAUCGUCGAUAUCUCCAUGUUCAUUCGCACGAGACAAGACAGAGGCGACAUAUUCUAUUUAGGCUCGGAACCGAGUCAACAGACGGACUUCAAGCCUCAAGAGAAAACUUAUAUAGCGGCACAGUUGGAAAGCGGCGAAUUGCUCGUUAGGAUUCAGUUCAACGGCACGGAAGCAUACACGGUCGGUGGCGUGAAGCUGAACGACGGAAACAACCAUCUGAUACAAGUGAUCAGAAACGUCACGUUGGUGCAAGUGAAAAUUAACGGCACCGAGUACUUCCGGAAAACUAUCAGCGCGUCCGGCCAAUUGAACGUGACCGUUCUGUAUUUGGGAGGUUUGCCACAAGCGUCUAGGUACAUACGACAAGUCGAUAAUCGUCAAAUAGACGUACCGCAAGCUCCUCAAGUUAACUUCAAAGGCAUCAUUCAGGAUGUUCAGAUAUCGAACGGUAUUGAAACUAUGGUCGUCGAAUUCUUCCCUCUGAAGGCAAAUGACAUUCCGCCACCGAUACAAUUUGGUAACGUAACAUUCGAUUACGACAAGGUGCUCGAAGGCGUAGUGUCCGACAACGUCUGCGUGAGCAGUCCGUGCAACCAUAACGGAACCUGCCACGUCACGUGGAACGACUUCUGGUGCCAGUGUCCGCGCGGAUACACCGGGAAGACAUGCCAGGAGAUGGAGUUUUGCCAGCUGCAAGAUUGCCCAGCCGGAUCCAAGUGCCAGAACCUCGACGACGGCUACGAGUGCAUCGCUAACGCCACUUUCGACGGGGUGUCUACGUCCUUCACCUACGUUUACAAUCAGGUGGAGGAGAAGAACGUGACCGACUCGACGAUCGACACCAUACAGAUCACCUAUCGAUCGAACACUGGCGGCACCCUGAUGCACAUCGUGCCCCACGUGGGCGACCAACACUUCACGGUUUCCGUUUACAAAGACAAGAUCACGGUAUCCUGGCGCUUGGAUAUGCAAAAUCAAGGGAUACUGACGUUCGCCAAAGCGGAAGCCGACGGAAACUGGACGUCCAUAGUACUGAGAUUGAACAACAACUCCAUGGAGUGCGGAUACGCCAACUCCAACGAGGAGGGUGCGUCCCACGUCAGUCCAAAUUUCAGUUUCUCUUUGUGGUACGAUUUACUGGUCACUGGGACCGUCACGUUGGGCGGGCUUGGUUCCACCUUCUCCGACAGGCACAAUUACGUGACCGUCGGUUCCAGUAAACAGAUACUGGAAAAUCGAAGCGGCAUACAAGACAAUUCGAUAGAAUUCACCGAACGUGUAUUGACUACAGUCUCGCCGCCCCAUAACAUAAUGUCAGGGGAAGCUUUCAAGGGAUGUUUGGGGGAAGUACGAAUCGGCAGCAUGCUGUUGCAUUACUUCACGUACGAGGAGGUUUAUCAAAACGCGAAUUUCACGCCCCUCGAGUAUCUGUCGCUGAAAGAGAAUAAUUCAACGCACCACGAGAGCAUCGGUUGCCAACUUUGCUUCGACGUGGACUGCAAAAACGACGGUUACUGUCUCGACAAAGCGAACAGCUACGUUUGCGAGUGCCCUCCGGGCUACACGGAGGACGAUUGUUUUUUCAACAUCGACGAGUGCGUCGGCAACAAGUGUGAAAACGAAGCCACCUGCAUAGACGGAAUUGCUAAUUACACAUGCGUGUGCAACAGCGGAUGGCAAGGAUGGCUAUGCGACAGCGACAUCAACGAGUGCGUGCCUCUCAAUCCUUGUCAGCACGAUGGAGUAUGCUUAAAUCUACCCGGAUAUUUCCGAUGCGAGUGUCCGGAUCAAUUUACUGGCGAGCUGUGUCAGAAUUUACGUUUGAUCACCUGCGAGAACGAACCGUGCAAAAACGGUGAUUGCACGAACGUCGUGAAUCCUCAAACUGGGGAUAAUUUUACGUGUACCUGUGCGACAGGCUACGAAGGUUCGCUUUGCGAUGUUCCUUACUGUGUCGGGCGAAAGUGUCAAAAUGGCGGCAGAUGCGAUUCCACGUACCAGACACCUCGUUGCGUCUGUCCACCUGGUUACUCCGGACUUUAUUGCGAAAUUAAUAUCGACGACUGCGCCCCGGAUGCUGAGGGGAAUGUACCGUGCAAGAACGAUGGGAAAUGUUACGACGGUGUAAACAAUUUCACCUGCGACUGCACCGAUACUGGUUACACAGCGGCAGAUUGUUCUUACGACAUAGACGAAUGUCAAGAUCCAUCUACGGACUGUGGUCACGGACGAUGCGAAAAUUUACCAGGCACCUAUCAGUGCAUUUGUGAUCCGGGUUAUUGCGGUUAUAAAUGCGGAAUGGUGGAUCCCUGUAGAGGGCAGGAUUACUGUCAAAAUGGCGGCACGUGUAAAUGUGGCGACGACGGUGGUUACAAAUGUCACUGCACACCGGAAUAUACCGGACAAAAUUGUACAGAGACGGAGAACUUUUUGGGGAGUCAAGCGCUGGAUAUAGCUGUGAUCGUUGGCCCUAUCGUCGGGUGUCUCUUUCUCAUUGCAGCAAGCUCUUUGAUCGCGCUGUUCAUGAUGGCUAGAAAGAAACGCGCGACCCGUGGAACGUACAGCCCGAGCGCUCAAGAGUUCAGUAAUCCGCGCGUAGAAAUGGACAACGUGAUGAAGCCGCCGCCGGAAGAGAGAUUAAUCUAAAAGAAGAAAAAUUUGUUCCGCGACGAUGGGACACGGUAUGGUCGGUUCCUCGUCGACGAAUCCUAGUCUUUUCAGAAUACGCAUACUUGCUGCAGUGCUCGUCGAUCGGAGUAAUAGGAUCUGCAGAAUUAUCCUCUCGAUAGAGCUGCUUUCGAACGGCGAGCAAGACAAAUAAUAAGGUUUCAUCGCGACUUUCUAGUCCACGCUUCUUAUUAUCGUGUUAUCGGGCCGACCCUAAGGAAUCGAACGAACAGACCGUCGGAUAUGAUAACGAGAGCGACGCUGAAGAGGAAACACGAUUAGGGCUGCUAUCGUAAUUAUGGGUUCGAUUAACAGACGAAAACGAAAAUCAUCGAACCGCGCGUUAAAAUUACGAACGAUCGUAAAAGGACGAUUUCGCGUGAAAAAGAAGAAUGUGUUAUAUAUAUAUAUAUAUCACGUGUUUGCAUAUCGCGUAAGAGUGAUAUGGACGAAUUGUGCAACUACACAAAGUGUACUUAAAGCUCCAUUAAGUGUCCUUAACAUACAAGCAAUACUCGAAAGAAGCUCCUAAGCAACGAGACCCGUCCAUUUUAGUGCCUAAUUUACCCUACUUAAAAAGAGAUUUUAUUUAUAAGCAGUGAAUACGAAGAAUUUGAAGGUACGCAUUCCAGAAACGCGUUAAAACUAUCGAGUGCGUAUAUUUCGGAUCUCUCGAGCAUAAUAGUAUUCAUUACUCUUAUUCUGCUCACUAGGUUCAAGGCAGCUGACGCAGAUACGUUACGAAUUAUUAAUAGCGUAGUUACAUUACGAUUUAUUGCGAAGAUAUCGGAAUCUUAUUUGUAAAAAAUGUCUAAAGGUUGUCUGUUACAACUUAAACGGUACUUAUUGUCGGUGCGUUUCCACGUUUCGCAUUAUCGCCGCGCUUGUUAAUUUUGUACAUAAACUAGGCUAUAAGUUGAAGAAAUUAUUAACGACUCUACCACUAGCAUUUUAUAUAAAUAUAGUAUUUAAUAACGAAUAUUAUUUGGUACGUAAUUAUUUACUACCACGACCAAAGUAAUAGCGAGAAUUUUUCUCGUCUGUUAAUAUAAUUGAUAUAGAGCCGUAAAAAAAAAAAUCAUCUUUCAAAUAGGAUUUAGCAUGUUAAUAAUUAUAGCAUGAAUUCUGAUUCUUUGUGGAAAUAAAGACCUGUAUUAUUAUUAUUAUUAUUAUUAUUAUUAGUUUUAAAUACAU